AUGUACGAGUACGCAAUGGCGACUGCGAUAGAAUACACGUUGUUCCGGCCUAUGGUGAAAGACAAAGCUGACAUACUGGUAGCGACUGGCAACAACGACAGACAGAGCGACGACAUCUUCGACAACCACACAUAUGUCGAGACCGGUCGCAAAAUCACCAACGGUUGCGCUUGGACGUACAAGAAUGCACCCAACGGCAUCAUGCCAGAGCUUUUCACAAUGGAAUCCUGCCCGACAUUAUCCGAAUGCGACUAUGUCCCAAAAUCCUGUUCAAACUCGGGAUCAAGUCCUUUUAGCAGUGUCUUGCAUGCAUGGGAGAUGUUCCAGGCAGUUGACAACAACACUCGGAUGGAGUUUGCUAACGCUGCGAUCCGAGAUGUAAUGAAAAGUCCUCCAGAGAAAGACGACAGUAUGGAGAGUUUCUGGAUGGCCGAAACACUCAAGUAUUUCCAUCUCAUCCUUAGCGAACCAAGUCUUGUAAGCUUGGACGAUUUUGUAUUCAACACUGAAGCGCAUCCGUUUCGAAUACCAUCAUAAUUAUUAG